GCCUCUUCUGCCGCUGGGGGGUCCCCAAGGUUGUCCCGAAGCCGAGAAGGGCAGAAGCCAGACCGGGGAUCCGAGCGCCCCGUACUCGCCCUCCGCAGCGUUCUGAGGCUGACUUCGCGGAAGCCGGCGGGGAGGGGGCAGGUGCGGCCGCUUGCCCCGGGAUGCCACCGAGAAGGGCCCGGGACCGGCGCGUUUGGGGCCAUUUGUGGGUGGCGUUUGAAAUCCUUGGGCGUUGAGAGGAGGCCUCAGAGAGGACGAGGACUCUGGCUUCAAGGGACUGGGACUUUGGCUUCAAGUUGCUGGAGCCGCCGCACCUCCCUUGCCUACCUGUGAAGCAGGGCUUGUUCAGAUCAGCUCACUGACUAGCCUCUGUCUUGUGCCUCCUUUGUCCGCGGCUCCCAUUUGGAGUUGUUAGGGACCCCUGCGAGGGGGUGCUCUGCAGGCUUGGGUCAUCAACGCCAUCAUAAAAAACAGGAUCCGCGUUCUUGGACCUCCACCUUUUUGCUAGGUGCUGAAGAAAGUCCUCGGCCCGUUUUCUCUCUCCAUCUUCACGGUGACCUGGAGGCUCAAGAAGCCGUUGCAGGCGUCUUUCUUCUUGAAUCUCAUCUCCUCAUUCUCCGGACUCUUCAUACCGAAGCCUUCAGGGUAUGUAAUAGCCAUGCCUGUGGACACACUGAAUCCUGGAGGUCGAGACACCCCCUCCCUACCUUUCCGCCUGCGGACCAAGGUUCCCAGCUACCUACUACGCCGGCCAGCAGAUGGUGGAGCCCGGAAACCCAGUGCUGUGGAGCGCCUGGAGGCCGACAAGGCCAAGUACGUCAAGAGCCUGCAUGUGGCCAACACCCGUCAGGAACCUGUGCAGCCCCUGUUGUCCAAGCAGCCACUCUUCAGCCCUGGGACUCGCCGCACGGUGCUCACACCUAGUCGCCGAGUCCUGCCUGGCCCCGGCCGCCGGCCGCAGCUGGACCUGGACAUUCUUAGCAGCCUCAUCAACUUGUGUGACAGCCCUGUGUCCCCUGCUGAGGCUAGCCGUGUCCCCGGAAGGGCAGAGGGAACCCGUCAGGACCCCCCAGCCACCUCCCAACGCCCGCCGCCCAGUACGACUGCAGUCCGCCGAGUGGAUGUCCGUCCCCUGCCUGCCUCACCUGCUCGGCACUGCCCAUCCCCAGGCACUGCCACUGCCUCCAGCCCAGCUCGGCCACCAGGAUUGCAACGCUCCAAAUCGGACCUGAGUGAGCGCUUCUCGCGGGCAGCUGCUGACCUUGAGCGAUUUUUUAACUUUUGCGGCCUGGACCCCGAGGAGGCACGGGGCUUGGGUGUUGCCCACCUGGCGCGGGCCAGCUCGGACAUCGUGUCCCUGGCCGGACCCAGUGCUGGGCCGGGCAGCUCUGAGGGGGGCUGCUCCCGCCGCAGCUCUGCCACUAUUGAGGAGCGGGCCCGGGAGCGUGUCCCCUAUGGGGUGUCGGUGAUAGAGCGCAACGCCCGCGUGAUCAAGUGGCUGUACGGGUUGCGGCAAGCGCGGGAGACCCCAGCAGCUGAGGGCUAGGCCUCCAGUGGACUGGGCAUUAGCCACAAGGCCCGCCUUAGACAGGCAGGUGGCCCCUUGAUCUCUCCUGCGUCUGUUUCCUGGCUUGGGGCAAACCAGGGGCCGUGCCUUGUGUGAACUUGGUGUUGAGGUAGAAGCUCAGAGGCUGGAGCAGCAUCUACCUGACAAGGAAUGACCCUGGAGACAAUUGCCUCUUUGUCAUGGACCACCCCCUACCCUUCACAUGUUGGGGUGUUGACAUGAGUGUACCGCUGCUUGGGUGGUCUCAUGGGUUUGGAUUUAGGGCACUUAGCCUUCCCCUCUGAGAGUGAGGGCCAAGGGAAUCUCACCAGGCCUGGCUCACCCAGCAGCUCUGUUCCCUUCUUCCUUGGCCUCUGUCCUUUGCUGGCUUCCUCUUCCUUACCCAGGAGGCCCUGUUUCCCCGGGAACUCAUCCUGGGGUGGGGGCAGGGAGGAGUGGCCUGUGCACUAUAUGUCCAGGGCCUUGGCAGCCUGGCCCAGAUGGGUAGACUAUAGGAGGGACUGAUAAGAGUCUGCAGUGCUCUAACUUCCCUCCCUUUGGUUAAUAAACACAAAUGCUUGUUUUUUAAA